GUCUGCAGCGCAGUGCUGACCCUAAAGAGUGCGGUCAGCUCGGAGGCGGUCUCGUCUCGUAGCACGGCUGCUAAUCAGUGCUGAAAUGAGCAAUCUGGGAAAGUGACAGCUACACCGAAAAGACGGGCUUUUUGUCCGAAUACAGGUCAUGUUUUAUUCGAUGCCGUCGUGGUUUACGUGUCCAGUCCUCGGUGGGGGGGAGGAGGGCGGAGCUCCGAGUGCUGUGAGUCUGGAGAGCUGCUAGCCGAAGCUAACUGACCGUGUUUUAUCCCUGCGCCGCCUCGCUAGCAGAGCGAGAGUGAGAGUGUGACUCUGUAGCCCUCAGGAGGAAAUAAACCAGCCAGCAGCGGCGGUGCUUCAACUGUGGACGCUCAGACUGUGUCUCACAGAGAGAGUAAAUCAUGACUCAGAGGGACGGCCUGCGCUCUGUGGUCCUGCCGGUGGAGGGGAUGACAUGCGGCUCCUGCGUCCAGACCAUAGAGCAGCAGGUUGGGGGGCUGCCGGGUGUUCUCCAUAUAGAGGUUUCCUUGGAAAAGAAGAAUGCCACAGUGAUAUUUGACCAAGCCCAUCAGAGCCCAGAAUCUUUAGCAGAUGCCAUUGAAGACAUGGGCUUUGAGUCUAUCGCAACAAAUGCUUCUCCAGCCACGCCAGUUCCAACAGAAACCCGAGUGUAUCCCACAGUCGGUUGUAGCCCAGACAGCAAGCGGAAGGCUGUCGCCCAGCUGGCCAAGCUCAAGGGUGUGCUGGAGACCCAAGACAGUGUUGAGGGCAACGGCCUGGCUGUGAAGUUUGUCCCAGCGCUGGUGAGUCCGGAGCAGGUCCGGGAGGCUUUGAGCUCCCUCAAGUUGGAGCCUGCGAGUACCGCAGAGCGGGCGGUGAGCCGUGGCUCCGGCAGUGUGGAGGUGGUGAAGAUGCGCAUUGAGGGAAUGGUCUGCCUGUCCUGCACCACAACCAUCGAGGGCAAGAUCGGGAAGUUAAAGGGAGUGAAGAAGAUUAAAGUUGGUCUUGAGUCUCAGGAAGCCACGGUGCUGUACCUGCCUUACCUCAUCUCAGUAGAGGAGAUUGUGAACCAGAUCGGCGUGGCAGGCUUCAAGGCCUUUGUGAAAUCCAAGCCCCGUCAGUUGCAGCUGUCCACUGUGGAGCGCCUGCUAAACGCCUCUCAUCAGACUAGUCCCAGUUCACCUGAGGAGAGGGCCACUGAACAGCCCACAGACACCACCACCACCACCACUACCACCUCAAUGGACAUUACAGGAAUGCACUGCAACUCAUGUGUGGUGAAUAUCCAGGACAAUAUAGGAAAGCUGCCAGGGGUCAGCUCAGUGCGGGUCUCUUUGGAAAAAGGACAGGCUGUAGUCCAGCACAACCCAAAUUUGGUUACAGUGACGCAGCUGCAGAAGGCCAUUGAGGCCUUGCCUCCAGGGAAAUUUAAAGCCCAGUUAACCUCCCAAGAUGCUGUUUUUUCCGCUUCUCCCUCAGAACCCUCUGUAGUCUCGUCCCCAGAGCCUAACUUUCUGCAGCCACUGGCGUCCGUAGUGCAGAUCCACAUAGAGGGCAUGACUUGUGACUCCUGUGUUCAAACCGUUGAGGGCACCAUGUCUGAGAAAAAAGGCGUGAGAUCUGUGCAGGUGUCCCUGGCUAACCACCAGGGUACUUUCGAGUAUGACCCGCUGAUGACCACACCGGAAGAACUGCGAGGAGCCAUUGAGGAAAUGGGUUUUGAUGCUUCUCUCCCUGAGACAAAUUCGCUGGUUCCUCUGUCUAUUUGGAGCCCACCCUUUCCCCCUGUACUAUCCACCAUUAAGGAGAAGGAAGUGGAGAGUGACUCUGAGUCAGCGACAAAGUCGCGUGUUUCAUCCAAAUGCUUCAUCCAGAUCGGGGGCAUGACCUGCGCCUCUUGUGUGGCCAACAUCGAGAGGAACCUUAAAAAUGAGCCUGGCAUCCACUCGGUGUUGGUGGCGCUCAUGGCCGGUAAAGCAGAGGUGCGCUACAAGCCUUCCGUCAUCGACCCUCAGAGGAUUGCAGAGUGCAUCAAAGAGCUGGGCUUUUCUUCCUCAGUUAUGGAGGAUUACGAUGGCUCUGAUGGCUCUCUGGAGCUUGUGGUCAGAGGGAUGACCUGUGCCUCCUGCGUCCACAAAAUAGAGUCUAACCUGAUGAAACAGAAGGGCAUCGACUAUGUGUCUGUGGCCCUGGCAACGAAUAAAGCCCAUGUUAAAUAUGACCCGGAGGUGAUGGGCCCUCGGGUCAUAAUCGGAUUGAUAGAGGAUUUGGGUUUUGAAGCUUCAUUGGUGAAGAAAGAUCGCUCAGGAAGUCAUUUGGAUCACAGUAGAGAGAUACAGCAAUGGAAGAAGUCCUUCUUGAUUAGCCUGGUGUUCUGUGUUCCUGUUAUGGGCAUGAUGAUCUACAUGAUGGUGGUGGACCACACAAUUCAAGUGUCACACCAUCACAACUUCACAUCAGAGGACCGACAGCUCUACCACUCCCACAUGUUCCUGGAGAGACAGCUUCUACCCGGCCUGUCCAUCAUGAACCUGCUCUCCUUCCUCUUCUGUGUGCCUGUGCAGUUUAUUGGAGGCCGUUACUUCUACACCCAGGCAUACAAAGCUUUAAAGCACUGGACCGCCAACAUGGACGUUUUGAUAGUCCUGGCCACUUCCAUAGCAUUCGCCUACUCUGUGGUCAUUCUGAUGGUUGCCAUGAUAGAGAAAGCAAAGCUUAACCCCAUCACCUUCUUUGAUACACCACCGAUGCUCUUUGUGUUCAUCUCACUAGGCAGGUGGCUGGAGCAAAUAGCCAAGAGUAAGACAUCAGAGGCUUUGUCCAAGCUGAUGUCCUUACAGGCGACUGAGGCCACUGUGGUCACUCUGGAUAAAGAUACAAUGACAGUGUUGAGUGAGGAACAGAUGGAUGUGGAGCUGGUGCAGAGGGGUGAUACAGUGAAAGUGGUUCCUGGAGGAAAGUUCCCGGUAGACGGCAGAGUGAUUGAAGGGCAUUCAAUGGCAGACGAAUCGCUCAUCACCGGUGAAGCCAUGCCUGUGACGAAGAAGCCUGGCAGUACAGUGAUUGCUGGGUCCAUCAAUCAGAAUGGCGCUCUGCUGAUCCAAGCCACACAUGUGGGCACAGACACCACCCUCUCACAGAUUGUCAAACUGGUGGAGGAGGCACAGACCUCCAAGGCUCCUAUACAGCAGUUUGCGGACAAGAUCAGUGGCUACUUUGUCCCCUUCAUUGUAGCGGUCUCUGUCCUCACCCUCCUCUCCUGGAUUGUGAUUGGAUUUGUUAACUUCUCUCUGGUGGAAACAUACUUCCCUGGUUAUGAUAAGAGUGUAUCUAAGGCAGAGGCAAUCAUUCGUUUAGCCUUCCAGGCCUCCAUUACUGUGCUGUGCAUCGCCUGCCCCUGCUCUUUGGGCCUGGCGACUCCCACAGCAGUGAUGGUGGGUACAGGAGUCGGGGCUCAGAACGGGAUCCUCAUCAAAGGGGGUGAGCCUCUAGAAAUGGCUCAUAGGAUUCAGUCUGUGGUGUUUGAUAAAACUGGCACCAUCACAUAUGGAGCCCCCGAGGUGGUGCAGGUGAAGAUGGUGGUGGAGGGCAACCGAAUGCCUCACUCCAAACUGCUGGCCAUUGUGGGCACGGCAGAGAACAACAGUGAGCAUCCGCUAGGGGCAGCAAUCACCCGCUACUGUAAACAGGAGCUGGACACAGAGUCGCUGGGCACCUGCACUGAUUUCCAGACAGUCCCCGGCUGUGGGAUCAGGUGUCAGGUGAGCAACACAGAAAACCUGCUGAAGAGAGAAGACAGCGAUAGUGAGGAGAACCAGCGCAAUGGCAUCUUGGUGCAGAUCAGUGAUACCAGAGCCAUUUCGAACACACAUCCCCUCAUCAUGGAUCCAGAGCCACUUGCUCUGGUACAGACGGCGUCGUACGCAGUCCUGAUCGGUAACAGGGAGUGGAUGAGGCGCAAUGCUCUGCACAUUCGGCCUGACGUGGAUGACGCCAUGACAGAGCACGAGAAAAGGGGCUGCACAGCAGUACUAGUGGCUGUGGAUGGUGUGCUGUGUGCCAUGGUUGCCAUAGCAGACAAGGUGAAGCCAGAAGCAGAGCUGGCUGUCCACACUCUUACCUCUAUGGGUCUGGAGGUGGUGCUGAUGACCGGUGACAACAGCAAGACAGCACGAGCCAUCGCUGCUCAGGUUGGAAUCAAGAAGGUGUUUGCAGAGGUGCUGCCCUCUCACAAGGUGGCGAAGGUAGAACAGCUGCAGCUGGAAGGGAAGCGCGUAGCCAUGGUGGGAGAUGGAGUGAAUGACUCACCUGCGCUGGCCAUGGCAGAUGUGGGCAUUGCCAUUGGCACAGGCACCGACGUGGCCAUUGAAGCAGCGGAUGUGGUGCUCAUCAAGAAUGAUCUCCUUGAUGUUGUUGCAAGCAUUGAUCUGUCAAAGAAGACAGUCAAAAGGAUCCGUAUUAACUUUGUAUUUGCACUAAUCUACAAUCUUGUGGGAAUUCCUAUUGCAGCCGGUAUUUUUAUGCCUAUAGGCCUGGUGUUGCAGCCCUGGAUGGGCUCUGCUGCUAUGGCAGCCUCUUCAGUCUCUGUGGUCCUCUCCUCCCUUCUGCUCAAGUGUUACAAUAAACCCAGUGCAGAGAAGCUGGAGAAACAGCUGUCCAAGCAGGGCAGGCAGACCGGGGAGGGCAGUCUGUCAGACAUCAGCGUUCACAUAGGCAUUGGGGAUCUGCGGCGCCCAUCGCCCAAACUGAGCCUGCUGGACCGGUUGGUCAACUACAGCCGAGCCUCUAUUAACUCCUUACGAUCAGACAAGCACUCCCUCAACAGCAUGGCACUGAGCGAGCCUGAUAAACAUUCGUUGCUCAUAGCUGGAGCCCACUGUGAGGAGGAGAUGGUCUGAGGGGUGCGGGGCUUUGGGCAGCAAUGCUCCAAUGACGCAUCACCAGGAGCUACGUGGCUUCUUUCCACACCUCAGUGCCUGCGGGGGAGGGACUAAAGCUCAGUCCCCAGAGUGAUCUCAUCCACAAUCAACACCACCAGUGCAUCAGUCCCGUGUGGUUGGGUUUGAGCAGCUGCGAGUGCUUUCUCAGUGCACGUUUUAUUCCUUUGCAUUGCUCAAGCAUUAGUUUUUGUGUCUCUAUGGCACCCUGCCUGUAUUUGGGGUGAGCUUGGAGCCAAAAAGCACUGGAGGGAAAAAGUGGGAACACAUGCACAUGUGUAAUAUGGCUGUUUUAUACUGACAAUCUGUACAACGACCAAAAGAAUUCUGGACAUGCCACAUGCUAACAUGGAAAUAUUUUGAAGACUUUUAUUUCUGUGACAAAGUAGUUUGGUGCAUUAUUAUUAUGUUUUAGGAUUGUCACUGAAAUAAUAUUUAUAAUAUCCUUUAUUUAUACUUGUGAGUAAUCAAACAAAGGAAGUUAGAGAUAUAGAGAGAUAUAAUUUUGUUAUUUAUCCAAAUAUUUUCCACUGUCACCACUUUUGUCCCCGUACUUGAAUGGGAGUGAUGUGGAGCAGAGAAUGGCUUAGAGCCCCAAUGAGGAAUUACUACAGCUGAUACAUCUAUGAAAUCACAGUAGUUGGACUUGCCAUUUUCAGUGUUCAUAAACGCAGUAGUAGUUCUUUCAUUGGCCUGGUGCUGUCUUUUGCCCAUUCAUGACUGGGGCGUAUAUCUAUCUAGACAAAAAAAAAACAUUCCAAAGAAACAUUUUAGAAGCAAAAGGUGUUGAGAACAUAGCCAGAGUUAUUUGUUAACAUGAUAGAUAAUUAACCUGGAAAGAAAGGCUUGAAUACUGCAAUCUUUCUCAGUCGUUUCUCAGAUUCAGUGAGCAUUCGUGCAUGUGGGCUUCGCUAAUGAGCCGACUGGUACAUUAAGUCCUUGCUGAACCCAGUCAGGAGAUCCUCUCCAAAGAGAAAAGACUUAAAAAGCAGAUAUAUAAUACUUUUUUUGUUCAGCUAUGACUUGCUGUCCAACCAUAACAGAUAAAACUUGUAGCAUGAAUGCCAAUCUCAGGUGCUUCAGCCACUGUUUUGAUUUCUUCCAAAUUGACUCAACUCUGUUGUGCUAUAGAACACACUAAACAAUGAGUGCGUUUACAUGCACUUUAGUAAACUCUGGGUCUACAUGAGUCAGACAGUAAUCGGAUUUCUGCUUUACAACCAGCCAAUAAACUCACGGAAGAAGACGUGACAUGAGCGUAAUGUAAAACAUCAUGCCGCAGCUUUUUUUUAAACAUUGCGAAAAUAUGAACA